AUGGCGCUGAAACGCAUACAGAAAGAGUUGCAGGACUUGGGAAAUGACCCACCCGCGAACUGCUCCGCCGGCCCGGUGGGGGAUGACAUGUUCAACUGGCAGGCCACCAUCAUGGGCCCACCAGACUGCCCAUACUCGGGCGGUGUCUUCUUCUUGAACAUCAACUUUCCUUCGGACUACCCCUUCAAGCCGCCAAAGGUGCAUUUCACCACGAAGAUCUACCACUGCAACGUGAAUUCGAAUGGGGCAAUCUGCCUGGACAUCCUGAAGGAUCAGUGGAGCCCAGCACUGACAAUCUCGAAGGUGCUUCUCUCCAUCUCGUCCUUGCUGACUGACCCCAACCCCCAGGAUCCGCUCGUGCCGGAAAUUGCGCAGGUCUACUUGAAGGACCGUGCAAAGCACGACACCACCGCGCGUGAGUGGGUUCAGAAGUAUGCGACCUAG